AUGACCAAAGUUUUACUUACAGGCGGUUCCGGCUUCAUCGCCGCACACAUCCUCGAACAGCUCCUCGCGCGCGGGCACUCGGUCGUGACGACCGUCCGCUCCGAGGACAAGGCCCAGAGGAUCCGCGACGCCCACAAGAACCUCGACGCCUCGCGCCUUGAGAUCGCCAUCGUCCCGGACAUUGCGCGCGAGGACGCCUUUGACGAGGUCGUCAAGACGCCCGGCCUCGAGGCGGUGCUCCACACGGCCAGCCCCUUCCACUUCAAGUGGACCGACGCCCAAAAGGAGCUCAUCGACCCGGCCGUUAUCGGCACGACGGCCAUCCUCAAGGCGCUCAAGAGGGACGCGCCGGGCGUCAAGAGGGUCGUCGUCACGUCGAGCUUCGCGUCCGUCGUUGACGAGGCCAAGGUGGAGGACCCCAACACGGUCUUCACCGAGGAAUUCUGGAACCCGGUCACUGUUGAGGAUAUCGGACGGAACCCGGCGACGGCGUACCGUGCUUCGAAGAAGCUCGCCGAAAAGGCCUCUUGGGAUUUCGUCAAAAACGAGAAGCCCGGGUUCGAUCUCGUAACGCUGACGCCGCCGCUCGUCUUUGGCCCCGUGGUGCACCAUUUCGCGGACCUCAACAGCAUCAACACGUCCAACGAGCGGGUCGUGGACCUUGUCAAGGGCAAGUGGAAGGACGCCGUGGCACCGACGGGCGCGGCGUAUCUCUGGAUCGACGUCCGAGACCUGGCGCUCGCGCACAUUUUGGCACUAGAGAAGCCCGAGGCCGGUGGCAAGAGGCUGUUCACGACGGCCGGGUGGUUCAGCAACGCCGAGAUUGCGGCGGUGGUGAGGAAGAACUUCCCCGACCUCGGAGACAGGUUGCCCGCGGAGGGUACCAAGGGUGGAGAGCUGCCGCCCAAGGAUAAGGUGUAUGGAUACGACAACAGCGCGACGGAAAAGAUUCUGGGUAUCAAGUGGAAGAGCUUGGAAGAGAGCAUCACCGAUUUAGUUAAGGAUAUCAAGGCGUUCGGGGUCUAG